UAAAUAAAAUAUCGUGUGUACACUUUAAUGUUACCUGUAAAGUUGUUUGUAUUUUACAUUUAUGUGCUGCAUUUUGACCUAUCUGCAGCUGGCUAUGCGUUGGGUAGAUAGUUAACUUUGUGAAGAGUAAAAAUUUCAUUCGAAGUGGGACUAUUUGUUCAGAUUUAUCGAUUAAUUAACGGUUGAGCAUGAUUCAGGAAUUUCUGUUGUCGGGAUCGAUAGGGACGACAUUCCUCGUUGCUAUAGUAACGGGACUUGUUGUGUAUUGGUUGAUACAGAAAUGGAAGUACAAAUACCCGCCCGGUCCAAUAGCUUUUCCCCUCAUUGGAAACAUGAUGCAAGUUGACUUGAAGACAUUACAUGAACAAGCAUUUGAGUGGUCGAAGAAAUAUGGUCCAGUCGUGUCAAUCAGAUUAGGUCCUAUGCCGCUUGUAUAUGUCAACACAAUAGAUACAGCCUUGGAGGUUUUGGUUAAAAAAUCAACAGACUUCGCUUCGAGAAGGAGUAUUCCAUCUAACAAUAUUUGCAAGGAGACGCCUUAGAGCACAGAAUCUUUGAUGCUGUAGAAACGGCGUUUGUUGAAAUUGACAAAAUUUCCG